AAAAGAAUGAAAAUACCCUAAAAAAAAUAGAAAUCGUCACAGCUUGUUGAAGUACUAAUUCGCACGGCUCCCUUUCUUCGCGACUCCUCCUCCUCCUCCGCUCUCCGGCUUCCACCUCUCUGCCGUCGCGUCGUCUCGCCGCCGGGGAGCGCGGACACCCAGGCCUGCGCUGCUGCCGCCGCCGCCAUGGUGAGGCCCACGCGGGACGCGAUCGACACCUUCGUCGGCAUCACCGGCGCCGAUGAGGCCGCCGCCGCCCGCAAGCUCGAGGAACAUCAUGGUGACCUAAAUGAAGCCGUGAAUGCCUAUUUCAAUGAAGGAGAUAGAGCCAGCACCAGAGCCAAUCAAAAUCCUAUACCUGCCGGUCAUGAUGACAUGAUGGAGUUGGAUGAACCAUUUGGUCCCAGCCCUACAUUUCACAUGCCUUCUGGCAAUCCUUUUCCAGUUCUGGAUCAAGGUUUUUUAGAACGAGCUGCUGCUGCAGUGUUUGGUGGGGGACCUCAGGUUACAUACCCUAGGGGGGUGAGGCGUUCUGGUCGUGGUUCUAUUUUUGAAGAUGUUACUGGACCUGAGUCUUCACAUGGGCCAGAGAUUCGUGGGACUGUUCUGAGUGAUGAAGAUGAUCAUGAUUAUUUGCCAUCUGCUCAAGAUCCUCAUCUCCGAAGCAAUACUUCAAGCGCAAACUAUUCUGUACCAAGUGCUCCUCCAAUGGUUGCUAUUAGUGAUGGUAACAAUGACAUAGAAGAGGAGAUGGUUCGUGCUGCAAUAGAAGCAUCAAAAAGGGAUGCUGAUGGACUGACAAAUGGUCUUAGUGGGGAACGUGAAAAUGCAUCAUGUGGCAGAGAUGAUGAUGAGAUUGCUCGAGCAGUUUCUAUGUCCUUACAGGCAGCAGAGCAAGAGAGUGUUCUACGGCAAGAGGGAGUGCAUGUGGUUGAUCAUUCGAAUUUAUCUGAUAAGGAAGACGUUGAAGGAGCAACUGGGACAGUUGAAAGGCAAGGACCAACUUCAGGGAAAGUUGGAACGUCUGAUCAAUUAGUAAGUGAAGAGAAUUUCCAGGAGGAUAUUGAACAUGACGAGGAACAGUCUUUAGUUAGACAACGCUCUAGGCGUGUACCACCUGGAAAUGCUGAAUCAACAGAAGUGCUGCAAAGGGCUAACAGUCAUCCAUCAAGUCUGCCACCUGGUAACAUUCAAAACAAUCGCCAGUUCAGUGGGGUUUUCCCUUCAGAGGAGUGGGGUGGCAUUUCUUCCGAAGAGCAUGAUGAGGCUGUUAUGCUUGAGGCUGCAAUGUUUGGUGGAAUUCCGGAAAGAGCAGCAUAUCCAUUUUCUCUCCCGUCUCAUAGAAACUCACGUCGCUACCACUCAGUUACUCAUCCUCCCUCACCAGCAUUAACUGCACAGCGGCUGUUAAGGGAGCAGCAGGACGAUGAGUAUCUAGCAUCUCUCCGAGCUGACCGAGAAAAAGAAUUGAAGGCAGAGCAGGAGGCUGAGGUCCGCAGAUUGGAAGCAGCUGCUGAAAGAGAAGCUGCUAUUGCAAAGCAAAAACAAGAGGAAGAAGAAAAGCGAAGAAAACAACUUGAGGAAGAGGAAUUGGAGUCCAAACUUACAGGCAAACAAGCAUCAUUGCCAAAGGAGCCAUUGCCAGGUGACGAGGGGGCCAUCACAGUUGUAGUUCGCAUGCCUGAUGGUCGUCGUCAGGGAAGACGUUUUUUGAAAUCUGACAACCUUCAGGUCCUUUUUGAUUUCAUAGACAUCUCCAGGACUUUCAAACCAGGAACCUAUAGGCUGGUGAGAUCUUACCCCAGGCGUCCAUUCAGUGAUGCUGAGAGUCAGAUACCUUUAGGUGAUCUCGGCUUCAACAGCAAGCAGGAAGCAUUGUUUCUCGAGCAAAUUUCAGGAUAGAGGGACAGAGUAAAUUGAAAUUAACAUCCAACAGGGAUUCACAGAAUUUUUUAUGUUUUUACUUCUACCUGGCAUAUGUUCAUGAAAAUGUUAGCAAGGUUUGCAUGAAACCUGGCGUUAAGGUCUCAUUCUUUUGUGAUAACUCAGCGUCCAUAUUUGAACAUGCAGUCAGAAUGUACAUAUACUGCUGCUUUCAGAGCUACAGCAAUUCAUCAAUUCAUUAGUC